GCCCAAACUACUCCUCAAGCCAAGUCGCGCAGGAAACAUCGCGAGAUUGGUGUCGCUUGGUAACUGUACAUAACACAGCUUACAUGGAGAGGUCUGAGCGACAAAAGACUCAACUCAUCGCCAACCAGCCAUACGACGAGACUCUGGAUAUCAACGACUCAGAAGAGGUGGCCAGUUUGUACACACCUACUCCACGGCAAGCAGUCUUUAGGAACACAAGCCGACAGCAGCUGAAUACCAUGGCCAAAAGUGGCAGUGAUGAGUUUGAAGAUGGGACUAAGCAAAAAAAGAAACUUCCACGUGAAGCAAGUGAAAAUAAUGAUGAAGAGGAAGAGGAGGAUGAUGAGGACGAGGACGAUUCUGAUGAAACGGAGUCGGAUGAAGAUGACGGGGAGCCAGGUUCAGCUCCAGAAGGGGCAUAUGAUCCCGCAGAUUAUGACCACCUUCGUGUCACGUCAGAUAUCAAAGAACUUUUCCAGUACAUAACACGAUACACACCACAGACCAUUGAAUUGGACCAUAAGCUGAAGCCCUUUAUUCCUGACUUCAUUCCAGCCGUAGGCGACAUUGAUGCUUUCCUCAAAGUUCCUCGGCCGGAUGGGAAGGCGGACGGUCUGGGCCUGCUUGUGUUGGAUGAACCAUGUGCUAAGCAAUCUGACCCCACUGUGCUCUCCCUGUGGCUUUCAGAGAACAGUAAACAACACAACGUUGCUGAAGUGAAAGUGAAGAGUAUUGAGAACCCACAGAAGAACCCAAAAGCUGUAGAUAACUGGAUAGAGAGCAUCAGUGAACUACAUCGCUCCAAACCACCAGCUACUGUACACUACACCAGACCCAUGCCAGACAUCGAUACACUGAUGCAGGAGUGGCCACCUGAGUUUGAGGAGCUUUUGGGCAAGGUGAACCUCCCCACAGCAGAUAUUAACUGUGACCUUGCAGAGUACAUUGACAUAAUUUGUGGUAUCUUGGACAUUCCAGUGUACAAGAACCGAAUCCAGUCUCUCCACGUCCUGUUCACACUCUAUUCUGAAUUCAAAAACUCACAGCACUUUAAGAACUUGGCAGAGGGUCGCAAGUCCAACAUGUCAUCCACUCAACAUAUUGCUACUGCAGACGCUGAAACAUUCAUUUUAGAGUGAUCUUUCUCUCUGUCUCUCUCACUCUUUUGCUCUCUCUUUCUCUGUAUCUCUUCUUGUCUCUCUCUCUCUCUCUCUCUCUCUCUCUCUCUCUGUCUCUCUCUCUGACGCACACACACACACACACACACACGUGAACCCACAGAGACCAUCCGAAAGUGCUGUUAAGUCUCUGAAGCCACUCCACCCCCACUCCUCCCAUUACAAGUGGCAGCAGCAUCAAUUUCAUUUCUCUGCAGUCUGUAAUUUUUUAUUAAGAAAAUGUCUGUAUAUUUGACCUUUUUACCAAAUGCAUGUAUAGCUAGAACUAUUUCUUUAUGCUGUGGUAUUUCCAAAUAAAGAGUUUUCCCCCUCA